AUGGUCCCUUUAGUGAAGUCACCAGCCUUUAUACCAACCACCACUCAAUAUCCACCGCCCAACAUGACUGAGACGGCAACCUCGCCGCAUCCGCAUCCUUUUGCUCGACCUGCGAAGACGCCAUCUGCAGCCGCCACGUUGCCCCCCUCCUACUUCUCCACUCCACGACUGAGCACCCCCCCUCAACCCGCCCCAACCAACGCGAAGUCGCCCAGUCCAAACUACUUUGGCUUCCAGGCGCACGACAGCAGCACUCACCAUGCCGACUCCCUGCAACAUGCCAAACAGAACUGGAGUCCACCAUCUUCUGCAGUCCGAUCCAUCGCUGCUGCAUCGCCGUCUGUGGUACCCAUAGAUCAGAAUCUGGAGUAUGAUGACUUCAGGAGACAGUCAGAGGGCAAGGCCUUCAAUCUAGGAGGGCUGAGUGGCAACUUCAAGGUGAACGCGCCGCCACGCACCAAAGUAGGCAGGACACAGAGCAAGCCGGAGAAGGAGGCCCCGAAAUCACCUGGCCACAAGCCACGGGAUGUGCCCACCCACCGCAUACCUUCCAAGGAAUCGCUCGACCCAUCAUCCGCCGAGUUGGCCCGAUCACCGAAGCGAGUGCUGUCGCCUGGUUCUGCUGCACUGGUGGAGCCAGUGCGUAGAGGAUCGCCUGCACACUUCAAGGCGAGCGACGAGGACGAGCCGUCGAAUGCUGCCCGCUUCAAGCUACCGCUGGACAACAUGAAGAACAUACCUGGCUUUGCUCACCCACCACAUCGAGCAGAGACUGCCCCUACCGGUAAUGUUGACGAGAGCGAGGCAGACUUGAUGAUGACGCCACAACGUCUGGUCACGCUACUGGAGACUAGGUCGGAAGACAUACUUAUCUUGGAUCUUCGCGUUUCAACACAGUAUGCAACUUCACACGUCUCCACUGCCCUCAACCUCUGCAUACCCACAACAUUACUCAAGCGAACCUCGUACAACGCUCAGAAACUGGCCGAGACAUUCCAGGAGGGUCCACAGCGGACGAAGUUCGAACAUUGGCGCACCAGCAAGUACGUUGUCGUGUAUGAUGCAUCGUCGGCACAACUCAAAGACGCGCAGAUGUGCAUCAACAUCAUCAAGAAGUUUGAAGGUGAGGGUUACAAGGGCACGCUUCGUAUCUUGAAAGGCGGAUUCGCGGGUUUCAGCCGAACUUUCCCGCGAGACGUCGAGUCUGCAGCCAGUGGUCCUUUCGGCCCACAACUGGGUGGCGACCCUGAGCGACCUGGUGUGGCCCCGGUAAUCGGAGGCUGCCCGAUGCCAUUGACAGACAAGCCUGCGAACCCCUUCUUUGGUAACAUUCGUCAAAACAUGGACUUGAUAGGCGGUGUAGGUCAGAUCGCGUUGAAGCGCCCGACCACGGCAACGAAUGCUGUAGAGGACAGGCAGUAUCCAGGCUGGCUGCGUAAUGCAGCCGAAGAGCACGACCAAGGCAAAAGGGUGUCCACCAGGUUCGAGGCUAUUGAGCGAAGAGAAAAGAAGCGGAUGGAGGAUGCCCUGUCCGGGCAGGUCUCCUACGGUUCGCCCACGCCACCUGGUGGGCCAAAGACUCCACUGGAGCGCAAGCUGGCGAUUGCUGGGAUCGAGAAGGGAGCCAAGAAUAGGUAUAACAAUAUUUGGCCUUUUGAGCAUUCGCGGGUGAAGCUUGCUGGUCUGCCCAAGUCGGAUUGUGAUUACUUCAAUGCCAAUUAUAUCAAGGCAGCGUGGAGCAACAAACGGUAUAUCUCGACGCAGGCGCCGAUACCCGCGACUUUUGGCGACUUCUGGAACGUCAUCUGGCAACAAGAUAUCCGAGUCGUCGUCAUGCUAACAGCAGAGAAAGAAGGCGCACAAGUCAAAGCACACAACUACUGGAGCGAGAAGCGCUACGGUCCACUGCACCUGGAGUUCUUAAGUGAGAAGCGUGCCUCUCUCGAGCCGGCUAGGAUCCACAACGCUCAGAAGAAGAGACCACAGCCUCCAAAGCGAUCGUCCACCAAAUCAAGUCUUCCUGGCAUCCCUCUCGCCCCGAUCGACUCAAGCCAGGACAAGAACUCGGAACAGCCCUAUGUGACUGUGCGUAAGUUCUCGCUCAGCCAUGAAAGGUACCCUUUCGAGCCCAUGCGGGAAGUGACACAGCUGCAAUACUCUUCCUGGCCGGAUUUUGGCGCACCAGCCCAUCCGGCGCAUCUGCUAGGAUUGGUGGAGCAAACGGAUGCGGUGGUGCGAGCUAGUAAUAAGACGCAUAAUAGUCAAAACCCGGAUUCCGACGGAGAGCGGCCGAUCAUGGUACAUUGCAGUGCUGGGUGUGGACGGACGGGGACGUUUUGUACGGUGGAUAGUGUGAUCGAUAUGCUCAAGCGACAGCGGAUCUCGCAGCGUGAGCGGGCGGGCACAGAGCCGAUGGAUAUCGAUGAGAGGACACCUGCUCGCUCAUUACCCUCGGACGCCAAAGCAGCAAAGGUCGACAAGAAGAAGGUUGGUCAGCAAGGAGGAGGAGCAGGGGUUGAAGGAGGUUUCUUCUCCUCCCUACUCGACCCCUCGGCUCAUCAGGGCGAGAGUAUUGAUGGCCCCUGGGUGCAAAGCGACGACGUCGAUCUCGUGGAGAAGACGGUGGAGGAUUUCCGGAGUCAGCGCAUUAGUAUGGUGCAGAGUCUCCGGCAAUUUGUGCUGUGUUAUGAGAGCGUUAUGGAGUGGCUUGUCCAUCAGAGUCCGGUGGGUGAGGAAGUGAAAUGA